AUGCAAGAUGUAGAGCUUUUGGCACAGCUCUCAAAAAUUGUUAGUGAGUUGCUCUCUUCUAUUCGCGGUAAUCUCAAGUCCAAGUUGGUCAUAUUGAUUUCCAAGCGUAUGAGCAUCAUGGAUACAGCCAAAUCACUGGCUCACGGUGUAAUUGAGCAUUUAACCGACUAUAAAGCCAUCCCACUCAAGGACCUUUACUCAAGCUCGCUCAUCCCCUCCCUUCAUAAAGACCUCCACAUCAAAAUUGCAAUGACACUUGAUUGCGAAGUAGGCACAGAGGCGGACGAGAAUGACAAACAGCAUGGAGAUCAUCUUGAAGACAGCAUGGACCAUUUGGACGGCCAAGGUUCUGAAGCACAACCUGGAGUGAGCAAUGACACUGGUGGUGACGAUCAAUUUCGCGAGAAUCAUGAUGAAGAAGCCGGCCAGCAAGAACUUAAUGAGGAUUAUGAUGAUGACAGUGGCUCUGGAUUUAGCAAAAGAAAAAAUGGUAAGGGUCCCAAAUUCACCUCGGCAAAGUUCUGGAAUUUUGUGGAUUGCUCACUUGAAGCUAUUCGCAAAGCUGCAAGAGAAGAGGCAGGACCAGAGUAUAUGAAGUCAGCCUGCAGAACAUAUGAAAAUGCGGUGCGCAACCUGCUCGUUGAAUUUUUUCAGAUGGACCUCGUCGAGUUUCCAGGGAGCAUGGUCAUUCCUAAACUCCUGAAAACAACUAGCCCUCAGUGGCAGACGACCAUCCAGGACUCAUUGCUUUGA